GGACAGGGGCUAGGAGCGUUACCAGGGAAACAGCCGUUGGAUUUGUGGCGCCCGUUCAGGUCCAAUAGAAGAAAAUGAAGUUUCCUUGUGGUAUUGCAUGUUAAUGAAAAUCUGCAGAUCCUGCUAUCAAAGUAUGGUCUUCUUAAUGGGCAGCAGAAGUAGGAUCACAAUAAUAGGAACUCAAUGUCUGAGAAGAAAAAGAAUGAAGACAAUGGGACAAGCACUUCACUAAGUAAAGCAAGCAAAGAUACUUCCUAUAAGCUGCAAAACAAAGAUGGUGCCUGGGAUUCUUUGCAAAUGAUGACAAAACCAAAGCAGAACCAACUUACUCUUGUAACUGACUCAGAAGUGGCUUUGGUCAAUGCAUAUCUUGAACAAAGACGAGCGAGGCACCAUUCUGAAUUCAGCUGGGUGAAUCAGACCCAACCUGACAGUGAUCCUACUGAGUGUGAGAGUGAAGUAUCUAACUCGGGAGCCUCCUCUUGGAAGGAGAGUGAAAGUGAACACCACCAAUCACCAGCCAGUAUUAAGAAGAGAAAAAUAGCUCAGAGGCAAAGGAAUAUGGGAGGUUGCCAGAUCAGGGAAAGGCCCUGCCUCCACUGCAAAGCCAUGAGAACCAAUGAAUGGCUGACCCGCCAUUUCCUUCAAAACGCUUCAGUAACAACCUCAAUGAAGGGAGAUAUUCAAGAAGGAAAUUCUGGACCUGGUAGUAGCAUAAAAUUCAGUAAAUUUUGAAUUUUAUCCAGUCCUUACCUUACUUGAAGCCAAAUGAAAGAGAUGAAUAAAACACAAAAAGUCACCAGAGCUCUAGGUGAGGAGGCUUUUACGAUAAAGUCUCUCUACUAACAACAAAAACAUUCUUGGAAUGCAAGAGAUAAAAUCUCAGAUAAUUCUUUGUCCAAAAACAGGCCAGUGAAUUUGUUUAUGGCAACAUUGGAGCAUCAAAGAUCUGCAUCCACAGUGAUUUUUUAUUCAGAAGAGCACAAGACAGAUACUUUAUGCCUUGAGUAUUCCCCAGGGAUAGGUUGAUAAAGAGGUGUUUGGUCUAAAAUGGUCUUUUCCUAGAACUGAGUGGAAAUACUUUGGAUGACUGGACAGCCAAGAGUGUUGGAGCAGUGACCCAGGAUCUGAGGAUGCCUGCUCUACCCCUGAUCACUCUUGAGGAUUUGUGUGGAAGAAGUUAACUACGUGAUGACCAGGCUGUAGCCAUGACAUAAGCUGCCACGAUUCCAAGAAUUGGCCUCAAGGAAAUGGGAACAAACAGACCCUGGAACUGAAGACUAAGUGUACUUGAAACAAUCAAGAUGACACUGGUCAGACCACCUCAUGACCAAUUUCAAGAUGACGGUCAGAGCUGACUGUGCUGUUUCUGCAUGCAGCCCCCUCCCUCCGCCUAUAAAAGCUCUUGCCCCCUGAUUGUUGGAAUAGGCCUUUGGACAGAUGUCUGCCCUUCCCCCCAAUACCCCAACAGUUGUAGGCAUCCAAAAUAAAGCAAACUUUCCUUUCCACAAAGCUGGCCUCUUAUUGGCUUUUGAGCAGUGAGCAGCUGGACCCCACUUUCGGUUACAAGAGGACAGAUGAAAAUUUCCUUGUGUCUGUUGGUUGAUACUUGCUAGGCUGAAUAUAA